CUUAAGGCCAGCACUGCAGACCGUUGCUGGCAAAUGAUGGUGUCUGGAACCUUGCCAUCAUUCUGUCGAUUCCACCCUUCUCCCAAGCAAGAAUUCCAACCCGGUCUCCGGUCUCCGGCUUUCUAACGGAGCACUGGGAGCGCGGUUUGUGUCUGCCGAAGAUGAGAGCCAUCCUGCCGAAAGAUUUGGUCCACGACACAGGCUUGGCAGUAGCCGCCGUGACGAUUCUUGUCCAGCUGGAGCAUUGUGAAAAGGGGUCGCUAGAACGGCCGGAUGCUCAGAGAGCUGCUCAAUCACCAGGUGUCAACUGGAACAAGGACAUUGCCAGAGGAAUCUCAGCGAUUUCAGCUUGGGAUUCUACAGGCCAAGUCCUUCACGCCACAGCCUGUGGAAGUGAAGCAACUCUAGCGGACAUGAAGGUUCGAGUCGAGGCAGACGACACUGGAUCCGGCGUCGUCGUUUUAGGCACGAAUACGUUCCAAAUUUCCAGCGGUAUCGAGGUUUCUGGUGGCGCGACCUGCUCCCGCAUGUACAACGAUGCGGACGUCACAGUCGAGUGCGAGGUUCCGUUGGGCUCGGCGGUUGACUUGAAGCCGCUGUCGGACCCGAGCGACAUGAUACGGGGCUGCAGUUCUUCCUUUGAACAUGCCAAUCGCAUGCUGCGGCUUUCGAUGUUCGCUACCAGUCCAGUCACCACCGACGACGCGACGGGCUCACAUGUAGAGCGUGAUUCUGGAGUAUCAGGAAGACAGGUCGAUGUGUGCCCGCCUUACACCGAUCGACGUAAAGUAGGGCCCGACCACAAAUGGCAUCUCGCGGAGCAGGUUACGGACACAAUCAACUGCGAGAACCUGGGAGAAUGUGGCGUAGGUAAGAGUGGCGCCAUCAGCACCACAGUAUCGGCCUCCAUUGCACCAGGAUUCGAAAUCUUUGCGGCGAGCCUCGAAAUGUCGGUCUCUUGGACUUCCGAGACAACGUCAACUUGUACUGGGGGGACAAAGGAUAGGUUUUGCAUGUGGUACUGGCAUCAAUAUCAGGGAUACAGCGUUGAGGAAAAAAGAUUGAGAUGCGGCAUGGUUUCGAAUCAGAGGACGUAUGACCUCAAAGCUCCCAUGACCGGUAAUAACCACGGCGAGUUCUAA